UUUUCAUAUGUCUAACCAGUGUUAUUAAAAUCCCAAAAUAACAGGAUGAAGCUGGUUGUGUUGUUAAGUGUUCUGAGUGCAGCAGCUGCUCAACAAGGUAUUGGAUUAGAACGAGUUCCUGUUCAGCAGGAGGGACAACGAGAGACUCCUCUCCUUCUUCUUAUACUGGGAGAGGGACGCACCCCUGAGCUAUAUGAAGGACGAGUCCCUGAAGGACUUGAAAAGGGACGGUUACCUGAUAUGAAAGAAGGACAGGAGCAAGGACGGUUCCCUGAUGUGAACGAAGGACUAGAUCAGCGUGCUCCUGGUAAAUAUCAAGGACCUGCAGUAGGUGAUAGACUCAUGAAUGGAGAGGUUGGGCUGGACCAACGAGCCCCUUCUCCAGGUAUGGAUCAAGAACUUUCUUCUUCCCUUGUUAGAGAUCAAAUUGGCGAAGAAGGGGUCCGGGAUAUUGAACAUGGACAUGGUGGUGGACAUGGGCAACAUGGUGGACAUGAAGGUCAUGGGCAGGCUGGACAUGAAGAUUAUGGGCAGGCUGGACAUGAAGGUCAUAGGCAGACUGGGCAUGAAGGUCAUGGGCAGACUGGACAUGGAGGUCAAGAACAUUCCAAUGAUGAAGAAUCCAUGCAAGGAGAUGGAGAAGGAUCUUGCAAAACUAGUGCUGACUGCCCCGUUGCUUGGCCUGUAUGUAGUGAAUACGGAUACUGCCAGAGACAGGGAUACAAGGUAGGAGACACAGGAUUCCCGUAUAGGAGGUAGUUUACCGGACCCAAUGUCGUCUUUCUCAUUAGCAUGAGAAAAUCCUCCAACAAGAUGAGAGAAAUCCACCAAACUAUUAGCAUUUAGAAAAGAAGUUUUCAGUCUCCGACCUCGUUAUAUAUUAUCAUUGUAUAUGUGAAUAUUUAUGAGAUAAUAAAUUUAAUUUUAAAUAUACAAAACAUUGAUGGUUACUUACUUAAGUUGAGUUUUAUUUAAUCUCAGUUCGACCAUUUUAACCUCACUUCUAACACAUAAUCAGGUGGGAACAAUGUUGGAAGUUACAACUAGCUGUAAAAAGUGUGUGCUAAAACAUGUGGGUCAUGUGAGUUACCACAAAAAACAAGGACCUGAUGCUCAGUUCAGAUUUUUUGACAUUUAUUGGUAUGCAAUCAGACC